UAAUUCCCACAAUGCUCUGCUUCAUAGGCAUUAAUACUCGAUGUAAACAGAAGUGAGAACAAAAGUCUGCCGUUUUAGGAUUUCUGUUAAAAUAAUCUCAGAUAUGGAACAAAGACAGUCUUGCUAUAUGAAUGCUUAGUUUGAUCUACUGUUAACGUCCUGUAUGUGGCUGGGCCUGUAGCCUGCGCUCUGGGGCCUCUUCCCACAAGCCACACCCAGCCCACUGCUCCCCUGACCCACUGUUCCCUAUGCUAACCCUUCUGAGCAUGUUUUACUAUAUCUGUCUGCGGCGCCGGUCCAGGAGCGGAACUCGGGGUGAGGCGCUGACCAGCAGGCGGGCCGUGGAGUCAGGCCAGCGGGCCACCCUGCCCAUCAGCGUGGAGGUGGAACAGUAUGCCAAAGAGGUGCUGGACUUCAGCUCCCACUACGGCAGUGAGAACAGCAUGUCGUACACCAUGUGGAACCUGGCCGGCAUGCCCAACGUCUACCCCAGCUCUGGGGACUUCACCCAGACGGCCGUGUUCAGGGCCUACGGGACGUGGUGGGAGCAGUGUGCCAGCGCACCUCUGCCGUUCCGCCGCACGCCCAAGGCCUUCCAUAGCCAGGACUACAUCGAGCUGGCCUUCGAGGAGCCCGUCUACCCCACAGCUGUGGAGGUGCUGGAGACCUACCACCCGGGGGCCAUUGUCCAGAUCAUGGCCUGCUCCCUCAACCCCUUCUCUCAGAACCCUCCCACAGACGUCAGGUGGGAGGUGUUGUGGGCUGAGGAGCCCACCAAUGUGCUGACCCCCCAGGCCAGGCAGUUCUCCCCCAGCAUCAAGCAGCUGAACUUCCCCACCAACUUGAUCCGCGUGGAGGUCAACAGCUCCCUGCUAAAGUACUACACAGAGCUGGAUGCCGUCGUCCUGCGUGGCCAGAAAGAGAGGCCCAUCCUCUCCCUUUAUAAGAUGCCCAGGAUCGACAUCUGUGACCUGAGUGACAGUGAUGAGGAGCUGUCUGACCCGGGAGCCUCCUUCCGACAGGCCGGGGAUGGCAAGCACAUUAACCUGGGGAAUGGAUACUUCGAUAAACUGCCCUACGAGUUGAUCCAGCUGAUAGUCAGCCACCUGACCCUGCCCGACCUAUGUCGCCUAACCCAGACCUGUAAGCUACUCCACCAGCACUGCUGUGACCCCCUCCAGUACAUCCAGCUGAGCCUGCAGCCAUACUGGGCUCGCCUCAGUGACACCUCCCUGGGCCACCUGCAGGGCCGCUGCACCCUGCUCCAGAGACUCAACCUCUCCUGGACCGGCAACCGCGGAGCCCUCACCCUCACUGGCUUCAGCAGCUUCAUGAAGGCAUGUGGCGGGAGCCUGGUGUGUCUGGAGCUGUCGUGUUGUCACUUCCUGAGUGAACCGUGUCUAGAGGUCAUCUCCCAGACGUGUCCCGGGCUGCAGGAGCUCAACCUGUCCUCGUGCGACCGCCUCCACCCCCAGGCCUUUACACACAUCUCCAAGCUCACCCAACUGCGCCGGCUAGUGCUCUACCGCACAAAGAUAGAGCAAACAGCCAUGUUGAGCAUCCUAACAUUCUGCAUUGAGCUGAGACACCUCAACCUGGGGAGCUGUGUGAUGAUAGACGACUAUGACGUGGUGGCCAGCAUGCUGGCUGUCCGCUGCCGCUCACUGCGCUCCCUGGACCUGUGGCGCUGCAGAAACCUGACGGAGCGCGGCCUGGCUGAGCUGGCUGCAGGGUGCAGACUACUGGAGGAGUUGGACCUGGGCUGGUGCUCCACACUGCAGAGCAGCUCGGGCUGCUUCCAGCACCUGGCUCGCAACCUGCCGUGCCUGAGGAAGCUCUUCCUCACCGCCAACCGCACCGUGUGCGACUCGGACAUUGAGGAGUUGGCUGCCAACUGCCCCGCACUGCAGCACCUCGACAUAUUGGGCACCCGGAUGGUAAGCUCCUCUUCCCUGAGGAAGCUGCUGCAGGCGUGUCCUAAGCUCCUCCUCCUGGACGUGUCCUUCUGCUCGCAGGUGGACGCCCGCAUCGUCCAAGAGCUCUGCGGACUCUUCCCCAACGUGGCCAUCAAGAAGAGCUUUACCCAGUGACCUCACUCAGCCCCACCCUCACACAGGGGCAGUGACACAGGGACACCAGGGGGAGGUGCUAAUUUAGACUAGCAGGGUAGAGUACUACUGGAUUUCCAGUGGGUAGAAUGAAUGGGCCUGAUGGCUGAGAGCACUGAGGCCUAUUGUAAUGUGGACUGAAUGGUUAGGAGUGUUGUGGUGCCCUAAGCAUCAGCUGAACACCUCACCCACACCUCAACACAGUCUCCUCGUGUCAAGCCGCUGAAUGCAAGAAAGAGUCUUAAGAGUAAAACUGUUUGAAAUCAGGGUCACGGCUGCCAAAGCCGCUAGAUUUCAUCAUUGGUCAGCCGGUAACUGACACAUCUGGUGGCUGCUUGUCAUCUGCCCACCCCCCACCACCCUGUGACGCAUUUAGUAAAAUGGGUGACCUCAAUGUUGCAUCUGAAUCUGAAAUCUCAGGGUUUUUAUUUUGUUUAUAUUGUUUUAAUUUGUUUUAUUUAUUUUUGUCCGCGAAACAUUUGAGUCCUGUUUGAUUUCCACUGCCACAGUUUGUUCUGAGACAACAAAAAUUAUGGGAGUUCAUAAAAAUUUACAUUUGGCACUGAUACUGAGACAAAACAUUUUUGGGGUGUAUUUGAUGUUGAAUAUUGUGCAAAUUGUAUGAUUGUAAAAUUAUAUCACUUUCCUUAAUUAUUUAUUGAUCUUGUAGUAUAUUAUUGCACAUCUCCAAUGCUAUGAAGCAUUUCCUUUAAACUGAAACAAAGCUAUUGAGGAAUAAACGCUAUACAAUAGGCUGUACUUGUGAGCACCCACAUUCCCAUACAGAACAUCUUCGCAUGUGCAUGGGAGGUCGUUUCACUCUCCUGCAAAUGUGAUAAUCGAGGGGCAACUACUGCGGAGUAGAUUAGCCUCUCUUAUCCCCUCUCUUCACUAUCUUUGUUGUUGUGGAUAUCGGCCUGAUAUGCAGCUACUGAAAUUUUUUAUAGCUGAAUCUAUCUUUAUGCAAAACCUGAAGUUUCAUUUUGAGCACAUGCUAGCUAGUAUGUGAAGUAUUUUUGUGCCUUAUAUUCAUGACUGAAUGUGGUGUCCAUGUGUGUCAGUGAUUUGUAAUGCUUUGCUUCCUGCCCUCUACCAAAGUUACUAGCAAAUCCCAGGUCCCUCACUAUAGCUUUAUUUGACCAGUGAAGAAACCCAUGCAGAUCUGUCAUCUUGAUUGACACAUGCAAAGCCAUAUUUAUUUUAAACAGAAUCUUAUCUCCAUCUUUCAAUUCCCUUUUUAUUAAGUGGCAGUUAUGUGAAUGUCUGCUUUUUGGAUUACAUUUUCUUUUAUCUGUGGAAACGUGGUCUGGUCACACUCAAAUCACUAAAGUAACCUGCAGAGGCAAACUAUUGAAAAACAUAUUAAUGUCAACACUCGUACAACGAACACACACACACAACAAACGCACACAAUCUGUCAUCCUGCUACACAAAUCUAGUUCCUCUCCUUUGUCCGGUCACUAGUUGACCAAAGUCACCACAAUUUUCACAUUGUAAUGCUACUUUUAUUUAAAGGCAUUUAUUUAUGUGGACCUGCUCUUUUUUGCAGUGAUUGACCUUUCCCAGUUAGUUUUGGAUGUGUGUGUGUGUGGUCAAACUUUGUGCCAUUUGUAAAAACUUUAGUAAUGUACCCUUAACUAAGUGUGAAUGUCAGGUGUGGUGUCAUCAAGACUCGCCGGCAAAUAACCGCUCUAAAGUAUUGAAAAAAGGUUGCACCUCUACUACGACAAAACUGGGUGCUUUAAUUUUAAAUAAACAGAAGGUUGAUGACUGAGA